AUGGCUGGAAAAAAUUCUAAAAAGAAAAGUGAUCAAGUCGUGCAGAAUAGGCCAUUCUUGUGCGCAAGCUUUGAUGAUGGCUUGAUGAUGGUUGUUCACACAACAUGGAUAAAAGAACAGUUCAAUGAGUCGCGCUAUGAGAACAUUCCGAAGGAAAAUAUCAUUCUUUGGGACUCCAAGCCAGUGAUUAUAGAAUGUUCUCAUGAAACUAUGAUUCAGGCUCGAUGUCACCAGAAGGAACUUUCUGCUUCUGAUGAUGAAAGUAAGAAGCGUAUCAAAGUACGCAAGGACCCACUGCUUCAAGAUUUAGAGAAUACUGUUCGAGAUCAAACCGAUGGAGAUGCAUCAAAGCAAGUACAAAAUGCAAUGUCUGUGAUUGAGGAAACUGUGGCUGAGGAAACUGUGGCUGAGGAAACUGUGGCUGAGGAAACUGUGGCUGAGGAAACUGUGGUUGAGGAAAAUUCAAGUGAGCGAAUCGAUCAGCUUAUUGAAGGUGCGGUGACUGUUGACGAUUUGAAGAUAAUUUUGAAAUCAAUGAAUGGCCAAUUGAAACGUAAGAAUGAAGACUCUCCAACAAAUGAUGGUAAUAAAAAGAGCAGAACCAAUCCCAUUGAAAAGAAAAUUGCAUCGAUCGAGGACUUCAAUAUGUUCUUAAUAAAAGCCACCGAAUCACAGGAAUAUAAGGAAAAUCUCGUUCGUUAUUGGAAAAAAAUGCCGGGAACUGAAGGCAUGACAAAGUUUGGCAAUGGAAAGCUUCAUGCCAUUUUAUUAUCAAUCUUUGAUUUACAGUUUUUGAACGAUUCGGUUUUAUGGGGAAAAUUAUGUGUAAAGGAGGAUGCUGCAGGAGACAAAAAGCUGUAUCUGAAAGUCCAUGGAAUAUUUUUGGAAAUGUUAAAAGAUGUCCUUAAUCUCGAUGAUGGAAAUCCCACAAAAACUUUGGGAGACUUUAUUAAAAACAUCCUUAAUAACAAGAUUAAGCGUGACAUGAAAGCUAUCCUUAAGAAUUCGAAAAAGAAUUAA